UACCGAAAGUCCUAUUUUUGCAAACUCCCCCCUCCCCUCCAUUCCAGAGUCAUUCGACUUCUCGUUUCUUCAAUCCCUGCAAAAUCCCCAAACCCUAAUACUACAUCAAUGUCGAAUUCAAACCCUACGCUCAAGGCAGUGACGCUGACCCAUGUCCGAUACCAGAAGGGCGACCAAUUGGGCCACUUCCUGGCCUGGGUCUCUCUGGUCCCAGUCUUCUUCAGCCUCGGCGGCUUCGUCUGCCAUUUCAUCUUCCGACGAGAGCUGCAGGGCAUGUUCUUCGCUCUCGGCUUGCUGAUCUCCCAGUGCAUCAACGAGGUCAUCAAGACAUACGUCCAGCAAGCCCGCCCCGCCACCUGCGCGCUGCUCGAGAUGUGCGACUCCCAUGGUUGGCCUUCCAGCCACUCCCAGUAUAUGUUCUUCUUCUCCACCUACUUCACGCUGCUUACCCAUUUCAAGUUUGGGGUUCUGGGUCGGAACCAAAUGUUGGUUUCGAUUCUUCUAGUUUGGCCGCUGGCGUUCCUGACCACGUACUCCCGGGUUUAUUUAGGGUACCACACCGUUGCCCAGGUGUUUGCCGGGUCAGCUCUCGGGCUUGUUCUUGGGGCGGCGUGGUUCUGGGUGGUGAAUUUUUUUCUCCGUUUUCAUUUCCCGGCGAUUGAAGAGAGUUCCCUUGGGAGGUUCCUUUAUGUGAAGGACACGUCUCACAUCCCCAAUGUGUUGAAAUUUGAAUAUGAAAAUGCUAGAGCUGCAAGAAGACAUGUAUCUUACAAGAGAUCUGAUUGAUCGAAGAUCAAGUGGGUGAAUUGGUUGACAUCUUGGGGGUGAAGGUCUGUAUUUCUGCCUGUACCAGGUUUUCAAUCCAACAAAUGCUUACUCCAAUUAGGUAUAUUUAUGUGAGAAGACAUUAUUUGGGAAGCCAAUUGGCGGCCUAUAUUAUAUAUAGUUAGAAGUAAAUUCUUAAUUUAUUACUUACUGAAGUAUAUGUAGUGUGGCUGCUGUUCUGCAUUACUGGAAAGCAGUUUCAGCAUAGCUAAGUCACUGGAUGCAUUUCUUUUUCUUUUGGUUUGGGUUCUGUUUUUAUCUAUGGUAUGUCAUGAAGGUGCACUAUUUGACAAUGAGUUCUUGAUUGGGAGAAUGCUAUAGAUCACCAUGUACACACCAUUCUCUUCUUCUUCUUC